AUGUCAGAUCAUCUUGAGAUGAACGAUACAUCGACAACACCUGUUAUAUUUUUCAUUAAUAAACUUUCCGGUGGUCAAAAAGGUCAACAAGUCUACCGUAUGCUCGUUCGUCUACUCAAUCCUCGCCAAGUAUUUUUACUUGAAAGCGAUACAACUAUUAUACAAGCUCUGAACAUCUACUCGUCUUUGAACAACACACGUAUUUGCAUCUGUGGCGGUGAUGGUACAGUUAGCUGGAUAUUGAGUCAUCUCGUGGAUGCAUUUCCACCGUUGAAAAAUCCACCAGCAAGCAUUUGUCCGUUAGGUACUGGGAAUGAUUUGUCACGUGUUCUUGGCUGGGGAUAUCGCUAUGAAUUGAGACAACUGCUGAGAACACUGACGCAAAUAACUCGAGCACAUCCCGUACCACUUGAUCGUUGGAAAAUUCAAAUUGAAACAUUAGAAACGAAUGCAUCCAGUAAACAAUAUGUGAACAAACAUCGACGUCUUUUCUCGUCUAUGUUUCAUCCGAAGUUCAUUCGUGAUGCCAACAAGCCAUUGUACGAAAAUUUUCGCACGCCGAUUAGAAGAUUCUUUUUCAAUUACAUAAGUUUUGGACUUGAUGCAGCUGUUGUACUCGAUUUUCACGUUCGUCGUACACGUGAGCCAUCUAAAUUUACAUCGCCAUUUAAAAAUAAAAUUCUUUAUAUAAAUGAAGCUCGGAAGUAUUUCAAGGAAUUUGCAUUUGGAAUGGCAUGGGAUUUACGUGAAUACAUACGUUUAAUCUGUGACGGACAAGACUUGACUGAUUCCAUGCGACAUUGUCAUUCUUUUGUUGUACUUAAUACUCCAAGCUUUGGUUCAGGUACUCGACCAUGGGGCAGAAUAUCAACGAAAAGAAUCUCAUCACAGUCAACUAAUCAAAGAUAUGAGGAUUCAUUUGAUCAGACCUCCACACAUUCGUUUCAAACACAUGAUUCUCCUGUCAAUGGUCAGGAUGGUAAUCAAACGACAGCUCUUGAUAUCGUCACCCACCCUGUUGUGGAUCAUUUCAAAACACAGGAUUUUGGUGAUCGAAAGAUUGAAGUAAUCGGUUUAAGUACAAUACAGAUGGCUUUAAUUCAUUUGGGUUUUCGAGGUAAUCGCAUUGCUCAAUGCAGUCAAGUACGCAUCGAACUUAACCAUCCAAUGCCGGUGCAUAUGGAUGGUGAACCCUUCUGUCUCGCUGAAUCGUUCGCUAUCAAUAUUACACAUGCUGGUCAAGUCAUGGUGUUGAGAAAUGAAAAGAGAUAA